AUGGCGGUUUCGUCCUAUCCCACGUGGUACCGUCGACAAUUAGGUUCAGCGGCUGCUACCGGCUGCGCACACUUAUUUCAACGGGCUGCGCAGACGCUGGGUUGGUAUGAUAACCACAAGAAAGAAGACAACGACUCCAACGCAGCGCAACGUUUCGAGGGGUCCGUGGUGGCUAUAUGGAGCUGCCGCAACGCAGCCUACCCGUCCGUCCCUUCGCAGAGACAAGGACGCUCGGACUGA